UACCGCUUGCAAAUGUAAAUGUGGCCAUACACUUGUCAAAUGUACCGUAAAGUCCGACUUAAGUGCUUUAAGUUACAACACUGGGACAUUCACCUGAUACUUCAACGCAUGUUUUAACGCUGCGUAAAGAAUAGAGAUGGAUUGGGCUAACGAUCUUGAGAUCACUUCGAAAAAGCUCCUACCUCGUCUAGGUAGACGUGCAGGUCAGAAUAAUUUGUUGGAAGAUAAUAAAUCCGAUGAUGAUCCUCUGGAGAGUCCUAUUUCCUUAUCGUCCGGAAAGUCUAUAUCUAUGCAAAGACCAAUAGUUCCACCUCGAUCGAGAAAAACCGGCUGGGGCGAUGAAUUGAAAAGUGGCAAAUCAAAGGCGACAUCAAACAUCAUUGAACAGGAACGUUUUCGAGUGAUUGAAAAAGAGGAGCAAGAAGAUGAUAUUCCAGUUAUACCAGAUUUGGAUGAAAUUCAAGAAGAUAACAUCUCAUCUGACAUUGCAAGUGCUCCCACAGUCAAUGCAAAUAGAGUGACUGCGUAUGAGGAAUUGGACACUGAUUUGGUAAAAAAUGCUGCAUAUACAUCGUUGGACGGCGUCAGCCUUUCUCUUCUUGCAGACAAAUUAUACAAUGAGAAUUUAGUGAAGGAACCGGAUGAAGUUUGGAAUUGGAAUCUCCUCUUCACGCAAAUUUCUUCAGAGAUUAAUAGCGAGACGCAGAAAAAGAUCAAAGCUUGACGAAGCAUUUUGCAUUUUGAAAUAAAAAUAAAACUUUUCGUACAUAUAAAUAUAACAAUAACAUUCUCGAUUAUAUCAUUCAUUGGCGAUUGUUUUAAAUCGAUUCCUAGAAUUUAUUAUAAGAAUUAAUUAUAAGAAACAAUCCUAAAAACUAAUGUAAUUGUCACAGUUUAAUUUCGCAAAUCGAAGUUUAUAAAGAUGUGUAACAUUUUUUUCUUUUGUAUGAAAGUAAAAAUAGUUGUGUCACUUAUUUACUAUUAAUGUCAAUUCAAAUUAAAUGUAUUCUUUUUAUUGAUAAUGAUCCCAUUGAGGUCGAAAUGUUCGUUUGUUUAACAUUAAAGAACUUACUUGACUCGUA